GACCUGCACCGCUACACAGAAUCAGGGGAUUUAUUUAGAUAUUAUUAAUAAAUCCGACACCGGAUUGACGGUGCUGCUGAGAUGGACGAACAGAAGGAGUCUCUCAGAAAGAUCGUCAGCACAUUGGCCUUUAAAAAUGAGGAGAUCCAGAACUUCAUCUGCUGUCUGAAGCAGAGUUUACAGAACCUGGAGGCGAACUCCACGCGUGUUCAGGAAGACCUGGAGUCUGAGUUCAUUUCUCUACACGCCGUUCUGGACGAGCUGAAGGAGGGAAUGGUGACCAGAAUCAAACAGGAGCGAGCCAGUCGCACGUACGAGCUACAGAAUCAGCUAAGUGCUUGUACCAAAGCUCUGGAGAGUUCUGAAGAGCUGCUGGAACUGGCCAAUCAGACGCUCUGCUCGUCCGAGACUGACGGUUUUGUUCAGGCGGCCAGAGACAUAAAGGAUAGUGUUACCAUGGCUCCAGCAUUUCGCCUCUCAUUAAAGGCUAAAGCCAGUGACAGCAUGAGCCACUUGAUGGUGGACUUCACUCAGGAGCGUGAGAUCCUGCAGGCCAUCAAAUUCCUCCCAGUUCCCGCGACUUCAGAGAUCCAGGCGUCCGAAUGUCAGGUGUACGAUAACUCGGUCUCGGUUCUCUGGACGUUACCGGAACCCGACUCCAAAAUCGACCACUACAUCCUGGAGUACCGGCGGACCAACCACGAGGGGCCGCCGCGCGCUCGAGAGGAUCAUCCGUGGAUGGUGGUGGAGGGCAUCAAAGAGACCGAGUACACCCUCACAGGUCUUCGAUUCGAUACCCGCUACAUGACGUUUCGAGUGAAGGCGUGUAACAAAGCUGUAGCAGGAGAGUUCUCUGAACCCAUCACCCUCGAGACCCACGCGUUUGUGUUUAAGCUGGAUGCCAGUUCAUCCCACCAGAACCUUAAGGUGGAGGACCUGAGUGUGGAGUGGGACAGCAGCGGGGGGAAAAUGCCGGUACAAGACAUCCGUAAAGACAAGAACCGAACCAACUCUCCCAUGCACUCUCCGGCCAGAACAGCCAUGAUGUCUCCGAAGAGAGCUCCGUCCGCCCGGGUGGGUCGGGAUCGCUUCACGGCCGAGUCCUACACUGUACUGGGUGACACCAUGAUCGAUUCCGGCCAGCAUUACUGGGAGGUUCGGUUCGAUAAGGAGAGUAAGGCGUUCGCGGCGGGUGUGGCGCUGCGCUCUCUGGGCCGAUUCGACCAGUUAGGAAAGAGCGGCGCUUCAUGGUGCGUCCAUCUAAACAACUGGCUCCAGCAGAGCCUCAGCGCAAAGUACAACAACAAGGCCCGGACGCUCGACUGUGCCAUCCCCGACCGCAUGGGCAUCUACUGCAACUACGAUGAGGGCACUUUGUCCUUCUUCAACGCCAAAACUAAAUCCCUCCUGCACACGUUUAAAGCCAAGUUCCAGCAGCCGGUUAUUCCAGCGUUUAUGGUGUGGAACGGGAGUUUUACAGUGCAGACGGGCCUACAGGUACCCAGCAUAGUACAGAGCACUCAGCGAAGGAACAGCAAUGCCAGCAGUUCCAACGCCAGCCUUACAUAGACCUUUAUUCAUCCUUCACAUCCCGUCUUCCUCCACUGCGAUGUAGAACUGUAGCCAUACCGGCUUAUGGAACGAAUUAGAUCAAAUUAUCAUAAACAUUUUACCCAUAAUCGUCCACUGGCAGCUCUCUGUGCCUUU